CUCCACACAUCAGAGAAGAAGAAGAACCAGAACCUCCAGUGAUCAAAGUAGAAGAGGAAGAACCAGAACCUCCACACAUCAAAGAAGAACAGCCAGAACCAUCACAGAUCAAUGAAGACGAAGGAGAGCCUCUACAGAUGAGAGAAGAAGAAGAACCAGGACUUCAUCAGUUUAAGGAGGAGCAGGAGGAACCAAAAUCCUCACAGAUUGAAGAACACGAGGAACUCAGCAGCAGCCAGAAGGGAGAACAAUUCAUUGUGAAGUUUGAAAGUGAAACCUUGAAGGUUCCUUCUGUUGAGGAUCACAGUGACCUGAGUGACCCAGAAGUACCAGAGACUGAGUGGUUCCUCUCUCAGGACUCUGAAGUCCACCAUGAGAAAAGACACAUGGACUCAGAACCAGCUCCAAAUCUGAAGCUGAAAAAACUCAAGGUGUUUGAUAGAAACAGUGAGAACAUCUGCCAUGUUUCAGAGAAGCAGGCUGAAUGUGAAGAAAGGUGUGAGGAAACUGACCAUAACAAAGAUCAGUUAAAGGUCCCUGCUGAGGAGAUCCUUCAUGAAACAUGUGGCCAAAGUUUCAGGCAACCGGGCCGCAAGAGAACUCACACAGGUGAGAAGCCUCAUUCCUGUGAAACAUGUGGCAAAAGGUUCAGGCAUCAGAGUCGUUUGUUGGUCCACAUGAGAACUCACACAGGUGAGAAGCCGCAUUCUUGUGAGACAUGUGGCAAAAGGUUCAGUCGACAGAGUAGUUUGUUGCGCCACAUGAGAACUCACACAGGUGAGAAGCCGUAUUCUUGUGAAAUAUGUGGCAAAAGUUUCAGUGAACAGUGUCGUUUGUUGAUCCACAUGAGAACUCACACAGGUGAGAAGCCGUAUUCUUGUGAAAGAUGUGGGAAAAGUUUCAGUCAACGCUCUAUUUUGAAUGUCCACCUGAGAACUCACACAGGUGACAAGCCACAUUCUUGUGAAACAUGUGGCAAAAGUUUCAGCCUGCAGAGUCGUUUGUUAGUCCACAAGAGAAUUCACACAGGUGAGAAGCCGUAUUCUUGUGAAACAUGUGGCAAAAGUUUCAGACGACAAAGUCAUUUGUCGGUCCACAAGAGAACUCACACAGAUGAGAAGCCGUAUUCUUGUGAAACAUGUGGCAAAAGUUUCCGUGAACAGAGUCAUUUGUUGGUUCACAUGAGAAGUCACACAGGUGAGAAGCCGUAUUCUUGUGAAACAUGUGGCAAAACGUUCAGCCAACGGAGUAGUUUGAAUAUCCACCUGAAAAGUCACACGGGUGAGAAGCCUUAUUCUUGUGAAACAUGUGGCAAAAGAUUUGGUCACCGGUGUAGCUUGAAUGACCACAUGAGAACUCACACAGGUGCGAAGCCGUAUUCUUGUGAAAUAUGUAGGAAAAGUUUCAGUCAACAGAGUCAUUUGUUGCGCCACAUGAAAACUCACACAGGUGAGAAGCCGUAUUCUUGUGAAACAUGUGGCAAAAGGUUCAGGCAACAGCCUGAUUUGAAGGUCCACUUGAGAACUCACACAGGUGAGAAGCCUCAUUCUUGUGAAACAUGUGGCAAAAGUUUUCGCCAACAGUGUCAUUUGUUGCGCCACAUGACAAUUCACACAGGUGAGAAGCCUCAUUCUUGCGAAACAUGUGGCAAAAGUUUCAGCCGACAGAGUCAUUUGAAGGUCCACAUGAGAACUCACACAGGUGAGAACCUUCAUUCUUGUGAAAUCUGUGGUGAAAUUUUCAUUCGACAGAGUAGUUUGAAGGCUCACAUGAGAUUUCACACAGGUGAGAAGCCGUAUUCUUGUGAAACAUGUGGCAAAAGUUUCAGGCAUCAGUGUCGUUUGUUGGUCCACAUGAGAACUCACACAGGUAAGAAGCCUCAUUCUUGUGAAACAUGGCAAAAGGUUCAGUUGACAGAGUCAUUUGUUGAACCACGUGGCAACUCACAAAGGUAAGAAGCCUCAUUCGUGUGAAAGGUGGGAAAAGAUGUCUUUAUUGUCAUUGAUGACAAUGAUUGCUGCACCAGCGGAAUACUCAAAAAUGUAUGAAACCAUGAACGACUGAGAGAGUUUAUUCAGGAAGUCCAGCUUGAAGCCAGAAUCACCAGAGAUCAUCCAGUUUGAAGGAAACUUUCCUGAUUCAGAACCUGUUGAGACUGAGCUUCAGGAAC